UCAUCAACAUUGAAGGAGGCGAGGACGGGAGGAAAACAGUGGCAGCAGGAGACCUGAAGUUGGUCGGCUCCUUCCCUUUGUCGCCGUUUCUCUGUGCUUAUACAACACAGUUCCACUGUAAUCCGUGAAAUCAUCCUGCUUGAUUUAAUUUUACGCAGACAAUCCUCCUGAUAUUGGCAAUCAAAAGCUGUCCGAACCUGCAGGCAGGAUGAUGAUGGAAGAAUCGGUGAGCGCCUUUGAGACGCAUUUGACAGCCGUCAUGGACAGCUUGAUCCGCGCCUCGGUCUGUGAGAUCACCAAGCUCUUCCAGGAGACCGUGAACGACUACCUGGUGGAGCUGUCCCUCAACAGGAAGGAGAACGACGCUCUGAAGCUGCGGCUGAAGUUCACCGAGAGCAAGCUGAGGACCGAGCGCAUGUACGGGAUGGGCUGGGCUGCCAACCGCCGCAACGCCGGACUGGAAGAGGGGUCUGGAGGGAGGCACAGGCGGAAAGUUGACCUGACUCGAGGCAAGUUGAAAAAGAGCCCAGCAGCAGCAGCUCAUGCCAAAGGCUGGCCUGGGGGUGUGUGGGAGGAAGGAGGCGGUGGCGGGGGAGGAAGCGGUGGAGCUCUGGGCUUGGGAGCAGCAGCAGGAGGAGGAAGAGGGGGGAAGGAGGCCAGGGAGGCAUAUCUCGUCAAGUUCCCCCAGGAUGAAGAAGACGAGGGAGGGAUGGUGGAUGAUGAGAACGGGGAGGGCAGCCUCAGCGGUGAGGAGGAGGAAACGGCCAACAUCAAAGAGGAGGAGUUUUUCCAGUCAGAAGGCUUUCAGCCUGCUUCUCUCCAUCUGAUCAAGGAGGCUUUGAAGAUGAAUCAACCCAAGCAGAACCUUCACAUUAGCAGUAAAACCCAGGAUGAAGAACUGUCACAUAAUCCCCCGACUCUUAAUCCCAGACAGAGGGAGGACAAAGACUGGGUGGUGGACUCUACAGAACCAUCAGAGGAGGGCAUGACGGUGGAUGAGCUGCAGGGUCUGGAGUCUGCUCUAAGAGUCGAGAGAGGCCGUGAGCAGGCCGCCAGAACGAGUUCACAACCAGAUAGGGCAAGAGGGGGUGACAUCAGCGGGGCCCCAAAGUACAUUGGUCUGGAUGGAAUGGAGCAGGGGGAAGAACUGGAUCCUCGGCCCCCCACUCUGCAGAGAGAGGACCAGGUAGGACAAGGCCGGCUGAAGGAGGGUGUGAGGGCUGCAGUAGAGCUGAGGCUAGGCUGGCCAAAGAAGCUGAAGGAGGAAGACUCUGUUGUAGUUAAAUCUGGAGACGAUGUCAUGGAUCAUUCAGAGUCCGAACUGCCUCACCUGUCUGCUCCAGGAAGCGUUGGGGAGAGCGGAGACGAGGACGGAGGGGUGGACCUGCUCCACUUCUGCCCACAAUGUGGAGGAGGCUUCACCUCCGAAGCAGAGAUGGAUGAGCACCCCUGUCCACUAGGUGGUGCCCACCCACAGGGCAGCGGGUCAGAGGAUGGCCUUUUCCCUUGCGCCCACUGUGGGAACACGUUCAGUCACGCCUGGGCUCUGAAGAACCACGAGUGCGCCUGCGCCGCCGAGAGGCCGCACUGCUGCGAGAUCUGUGGGAAACGCUUCACGCAUUCACGCUCGCUGGAACGCCAUCAUCUGGUGCACACGGGCGAGAGGCCGCACCGCUGCCCACAGUGUGGGCGCUGCUUCAGUCGUCUGGGCAACCUGGAGCGGCACCAGAGGAUCCACACGGGAGAGCGACCGUACGGAUGUGAGGCGUGCGGGAAACGCUUCAGUCGAGUGGAGUACUUAAAGAGACACCAGCUCAUCCACAACACAGAGAAGGCAACGCUGCAGUGUUCCAACUGUGGGCGGGGCUUCUGUGAGGUGGAGCAGCUGAAGAACCACCAGUGCUUUGAAAAUCCAUGUUAGGCAUCAUAGAGGUGUCAGCUGGUGAAUGGGACAGAUCCUCAGUGAGGGGGAACGGUGCAUAUGUGGAUGAGUUUUGCUGGCAAGAAUUCACCUGUAAAUGCUUCUUUAUUGGGGGGGGGGGGCUGACUCAGUCGUUUUGAAACGUGUCGAGCUUCAACUUAUUUAUAAUGAAAAUUACUUUGUGCAUUUGCUUAGCAAUGAUGUUUUCUGGCUGAAUCUUUAAGGGUUUGUAUGUUUGUGUUUUUGUCACAACAGUUACAUAAAUAAACCAUGAUGUAAGGUGCU